AUGCCUCCUAAACGUAAGAAUAUUUCCUCUCGUGGCACCAAUCAACCACAAGAAGAAGCCAAGCAAGAGGCUCAUGACGAUGAUCAUCAGCAUGAUGAAAAUGUGAAUGAUAGAGAUAAUGAUUCUGUAGAUCCACACUCAGAGAGUGAUACCAAAAAGAUCAAGCUUUCGGGAGCGGAAACAUCAUCUUUGACAUCCAAUGAAAAAAGAAUGAAUGCUUUAGCGAGCCGAUUGGAUAAUUAUGACGAAAAAGUGAUAUCGGAAAUAUUUGAAAUUAUUGAAGCCGAAUUACUGAAUGAAAAUAGUGGUGUCUUUUCGGUUUUAGAGUCCUCUAAAUUUAUUGAAAAUUUCAUAUUCAAAUAUUUGGAUGAGUCGAGACGCUCUUCAAAAGAGUUCUUAUUAACAUCAAUUGUAAUCGCAAAUCAGCAAUCAGAUUUCAAAACCGUGGCUAAACAUCCCAAGUUUGAUAUGCUAUUCAAGUCAUCGAUCACUUUAAAUUGUGAAAAAACAAAAGAAAAAUUGAUAAUGAUCGUAUUUUUGAUUAAUUGCUUCUCGCAUAUUGAUUUAUUGAAUAAGCUUUGUUUGGAUUUAGUUUCUCUUCCUCUAUGGAAACAUGUCAACCCUUCCAGAAGGAACGCCGAGAUUGAGAAACGCGAUUUAUCCAAGUAUUGGAAAAAAAUCUCUAGCAAAAAGUCGGCCGAGGAUGCUUUGAAAUCAGACUUUUUGCCAUCGUUGGUGAACCACUUUUUAAAUACAUUAGAGACUCUUCAGUUAACUGAUCUGGAAGAGCACACUAAAGAAGCCAACAUGAUUUAUUGUGAACGAUUUUUAGAAUUUUUAAUUGACUUGCUUUCACAACUUCCCACAAGAAGAUUUUCAAGAUUUUACUUGUCUGAUGCUCAUGUGUUAGAACGUUUAAGACUUUUCAUUCGAUCAGGAACCUCGUCCAAGAAAUUUUCACAACUUGUUGAAGGUUUCGAUUUUUAUUUGAACUUUGAUAUCAAUGAUGACACUGGCGUUGCCCUCUCGCCUAUUGAGGCUAUUGGUGUUCACUCCGAAAACGUUCAAAAUUUGCAAAAGACUGCUCUGAGAUUUUUCCCUGAUCAAUUAAGAGAUCUUUACCUGCAAGAUUUUGCCACGAUUCAACAACGUAAUUUUCUAGAGAAAACUCUAAAGACACUAAGAAAGGAGGAUCUAUUAGAAUUCGCCAAGAAACUAAACUUUGUAGGGCCAUUUGAAACUGGAGACAACAUUUCCAUGGAAUUGCUGAUAGAAAUCAUCGUUGCAAAUCACGAGAAAAAAUUAUCCCAAAUAGAAAGAAUUAACAAUACACCGAUCUAUCCUACAGAAAAAACUAUUUGGGAAGAUAUCACUUUGACGAGCUCAUCUCCGCCAAACAUGCUUUACAAAGGUUCCAACAUUCCUCUUCCCAAGCUAAGCAUUCAAUACCUUUCUUUAUAUGAUUAUUUAUUAAGAAAUUAUACGCUCUACAGACAAGAGAAGACAUUUAGUUUGAAACGAUCUCUGGAAAGUAUAAUUUCUGAUUUAAAGUAUACCAAGAAUAUUAACACUGGAAAGACAGACUUUGUAUCUGGAUUUAGAAUGGCAUUGCCUUUGUCCAAACCCUUUGAAUUGGUACAAGUAGCCGCUCCAAAAAUAGGAGAAUCUGUACCAUCUCGAGUGGAAGGCAUAAUUUCUAUUGAUUUGUCACGUAUAGAGUCUGAAGAUGUUAGAAAAGAAUGGGAAAAUAUUAGAAAGAACGAUAUUCUAUUUCUAGUUCACAUCAAAGCGUCCUCUCAAAUGGCUUUUGACAAUGAACCAAGAUUUGACAAAGGAUAUGGUGUUGUUUCAAUUCGAGGCUGUGAAUUAAUCAGACAAGAAGAUCAAGAAGGAAAUGUCAUUAAUGCUCAAACAAAAUUAGCGGAACAAGAUGAGACUCUAGAAUUCGAUCUUUAUUCACCUGAAAGAAAAUUGAUUGUUCUUCUGGAUCCUGUUCAAUAUGUACUCGACAAAGCUGAGCAAGAAAAAUCAAAGACUGACCUGUACUCACAUUUUAAUAUUGUUAUUCGGCAAAAACCAAAAGACAAUAAUUUCAAAGCAGUUCUUGAGAGCAUUAGAGAUUUAAUGAAUGAAGGCACAGACCAAAUUCCUGGUUGGAUUAUGGACUACAUACUCGGAUACGAGCCAACUAUAGAACAGGAAGCUGUUGUUGGCGAAGUGACAGUAGAUUUCAGUGAUACCUUUAUUGAUGAGAAUCACCUUAAAGAAACACUUUCUAUCAAAGAGACACCUUCAUCUCCAGCUGAAUCAAAUUAUUUUAAAGUUUCCUUCCUGAAUGGACAAGCUAAUUCAUACCGCUCUUACAUUCCUCAUGACGUAAGAAUUCGCUCAAAAACUCACACACAAUACAGAUUUAAUGCCCAGCAAGUGAAGGCAAUCACUUCAGCAUCAAUACCUGAAAAGGGAUUGGUGUAUGUUCAAACGCCACCUGGUUGUGGAAAAUAUCAAGUCUUGACAAAGAUCAUAGAGAAUCUAUACCUCAACCAUCCACAACAAAGAAUUGUUGUGAUCACGAGAUCGAACCUUACACUGAAUUCUGUAUUUGAAAAUUUAGAAAAAUCUCGAGUACAUGAACGCCAUUUACUUCGACUGGGAGGCGAGAAGAAUGAAUACAGCAAGUUUGGACGUGUUAAUUACAUGCUAGCACAACGAUUGGAGGCAUUGAGAGCUUUUGAUGUUCUUGUAUCAUCUCUUGGAAUGGCGCAGUUCUCCAAUACCUCUUGUGAAACUGCUUCACACUUUUUUAUUGGAAAAGUUUUUCCACUCUGGAAGACCUUUUUAGAAAAGGCACAAUUUCUGAAAGAAAACUCAACACCAAAUGACAUUUCCUUCUUUGAAAACAACUUCCCGUUCAUGGAAUACUUUAAGCAAGUGUUAGGAAACGAUAAGAUUUUCCAAUCUACACAAUACCAAGAAAAUAUGAACAAAGCAUUUGAACUGUUUUCUGAAAUUUCAUUACUAUUCGAAAUCAUUUGUGAAUGUAAAGUUUUCGAGAAUGUGAGAAAUUACCAUGGAAGAAGCAAUCAUAUUCUUACCCAUCAGUCACGAGUGGUUGGAAUGACCUCGACUCAUGCUGCCAUCAAGAGAAGUUCAUUCAAGCAGCAAAAAUUCGAGUAUGAUACAUUAAUCAUUGAGGAUGCAGCUCGAAUUUCUGAAAUUGAAUCUUUUAUUCCCAUGAGUGGUUCUUCACGGCUUUCUAAAAUUAUUCUCUUGGGUGAUAACAACCAAUUAUCACCUGUAAUUUAUAACAAACAAGUCGAGUUAUUUAGUAACGUGAAACAAUCCUUGUUUACACGAUUUUCAAGAUUUAUUGAUGAAAGUAAGAUGAUUACUCUUCCCUAUGACUCUACAGAAAUUUCUCCAAAUUUAGUACCUCUAUUCAAAUGGAAUUACUCGGGAAUCUAUGAGUAUGGUGUGGUGAAAUCAUCAGAUGAAACGAUGAAAUUGAAUGGAUUCAAAUAUAACUAUCAAAUGUUAAAUGUUGAAGAUUAUCAAGGACAAGGCGAAAUUCAGCCAUACCCACACAUGUUCCAGAAUUUAGGGGAAGCAGAGUAUGCCAUUGCUCUCUACAUGUAUCUUCGUUUAGUAGGUCAUGAAGCCAAUUCCAUUACCAUUCUCACUCCCUAUCAGGGUCAAAAGAGUCUCAUUCGAUCCAUUGCUAAACGUAGAUGUGGUUCAUUGGGAGAACCAAAAAAGAUAACAACCAUCGAUAGAUAUCAAGGACAAUUGAAUGACAUUGUAAUCUUGUCAAUGGUUCGAACAAGCACUCCUGGAUACAUGAAUGAUCCAAAGAGGAUGGCUGUUGCUCUCUCUUGUGCGAGACGAGGACUUUUUGUGUUGUGUCGAGUUUCAAAAUUUGCCAACUGUAAACCAUUCACAGAUAAUUCUCUUAUGGACCUUUUCACUAAGGAUGGUAGAUUGACUCAUGCUCUGCAGAUUGACAAUGAAUCACCAAACUCUGUGACCAAUGUGUUUGAGUUGGGAAAGGUGGUGUACCAGCUUGCACAAAAGAAUGGUUGA